GUACUCUUCCUCGGCUGUUCAAUACAAAUAUGUCAAAUUUUAUAGUGGCUUAUAAUUAAACUGAAUACCGAAAAAUUGAUCGACAAUUUGGGCGUCGUAUAAAUGUACAAGCUGCCCAUGUCUUCAAUAGCUAUCGUACAGCUGUUUGAUAGAUGCCCGUCGUUUGGUCGCAAGCUUAUUAAUACAUCAAGGGCGUUGACCUUUGGCUUAUGGCGCACAGCGGUCGGCACACUUAAGGAGGUGGCCGACGAACCGGCAAAUCCUGGUGAAAUUUACGGGGCGUGGAAAAAGCCAGGCUGCAGUUUGUGUUUUGGAUUCCAAUCUUGUCUACAUUGCUGCAACACAAAAGCGUCUUUGGUAUUCGUUGCGCUACGGCGCUACUCGACUUAUGAAAAGACGUCUACGCAAAUCCUAUCGAAGCUCUUUUCCCAAACCUUUGCUGAGCUCAACGACGAGGAGAGUCGGAAGCGUCGCAAACGAGAGGAAGAGGAGGAAAUGAAGGAAAUGGAGCGCCGUAUGAAACUAGGUUUUGCACUCUUUGGUAUAGGAGAAUUGCUGUUCUCUUCCUGGGCCAUAUACUAUUUUGGCAAGCCAGCACUGGAUGAACAAGGCAACGAGGUUAUAGACGAGUUUAGUCAACUGUCACUAAUGCAGCAAUACCUAGCUCGGACCUUGAAUUCGGUGAACCACUUUCAACGAUUUAUACAGGAUCCGUCAAGUCAGAAGCUACUUCAACCUCUUCAGGCUCCUUACGUGCAGCCGCCUUAUACCCUGGUGCUUGAGAUUAAGGACGUGUUGAUACAUCCUGAUUGGACCUACGAAACCGGCUGGCGCUUUAAGAAACGACCCGGCGUUGACAUAGUAUUUCUUAAAGAGUGUGCUAAGUAUUUUGAAAUGUUUCCACUGCUCGACGCCCUUGACCCAAACGCUUUUAUUAUAUAUCGUCUGGUUCGUGACUCAACACACUUUGUUGAAGGCCAUCAAGUGAAGAAUCUUGACAACCUGAACCGAGACUUAAAGCGUGUGGUGGUCGUGGAUUGGGACAGAAACUCCACCAAGUUGCAUCCUUCAAAUUGUUUCUCGAUUCCGCGAUGGUCGGGAAACGACAAUGACACGGCUCUUUUUUAUCUUGUGUCGUUUCUAAGUGUCCUGGGCACCAGUGAGAUAGACGAUGUCCGGGAAGUGCUGCAGUACUAUAAUAAGUUUAGUGACCCCAUAUCUCAGUUCCGGGAAAACCAGCGAAAACGUGAGCAAAUGCAGGCUGAUGAACUGGAAAAUAAUAGCAAGUCUAAGCCGGUACUUAAGAACUAAGCCGGGGCUUUAUUAAGCAUUAAAACGUUGUGGUUUUGAUGUGUCUUUUGACUAUUUGUAAUUUACCCAGAUAAUUCAAAUAUAAUUUUCAAAGAAGCUAAUUGAGUACAACUAAUUUUGCACUUGAUUGUCGCUCAAUUUUCUCCACAACUUUUUCAAUCCACUUGUUAUUGUAAUUGCUAGGAUUCUCAUACAUAGUUUUUCUAGUUCACCGCUAUAUUGGUCCCGUUAUCAAUGUUGGCCAUGUUUACACCCUUUAUACGUUAAUCCAUCUUUUAAUUUUAAGGUUUAUUUAAACAUUUUUCACAAAAACUUCUUAAAGUUUUCGAAAUUAUAAGUUUGAUGUUUUAUUAGAUUUAUUUUUUAAUUAUAUGAACAGAGCCAGUUAAUAAGUUAAAAUUAUGACAAUUUCUAUAAAAAUAAAGCACGCGGUUCAAUCUGAUAAAUCUAAUAAUGGCAAGCAGGUCGCGCUUGUCCAGCUGCGAGCCAUUCGCUAGCUCCUUUCCAGUAACUCGAUGAACUGUGAUCUCUCCCAAGACGCUUGACCCCGUGGGUAUGCCAGUAGCUAUUUUGUUGUCUAUUUACGGUAGACAAUGGACUGGAGCACACCAACAAAUGCAAGGCCCUGAGGUGAGAAGUUCCAGCUGUUUAUCGGUGCUUUGUCUCCUUUGAACCAGUGGUUCCUGGUGAUCUACGAAGGAGCCAGCUUCACCUUCCGUGAAGAUUAUAUAAAAGAGCGACUGGCUUUUCGGGGCUAUCUAUAUUGUCAGGGAAAUGCAAAACAAACCGCCUAAGAAAAACUGGCUUCCAAAAAUGUUCUACACAGAGGCUGAGGUCACCGAGAAACUAAUAAAGUAUAUGGUAAAUAAACUGUUGAUGAACUGUUUAAGGGAAACCAGGAAAAAAUCUGUCAUUGGCUUCGAAUAGCGAAAAAAAGCAAUACCUGGCUUUUAAUGGCAAUCGAUACUCCUUCACGGCCGAGAUCAACGUGAAACGAAAUACUUCUUAUAAAAAGAAUGAUAUGGUCCUACCAGGGCCUUUAGACUACCCAAUUUUAUGGCUUGCAUAUUUGCCUAA